GCGCGUCUCCAAGUGGGGAGCUUGAACCUGGCAAUCGACGAAUGAGGUCCGCGCCCGCCUUGUUGGAGCUUCGAUACGAGGAUGUUACUCCAACUCUGCCCAGAGUUUGGGCUUGAUAAGCCGUGCGAUUUGGCUUUUACUUGCGGAAUGGAGAUAGCAGUUGUCACAGGGACAUUUGGUGUCUCGGAGUUGCCCCUGCGCUGCAGAUACCGGGAGUGAGGAUAUAAAGUGGCGAGUUUCUGUUGAGUAAUAAGCGAGCGAUUUCCCCGGAUUCCACAGUCACCACCCCCACGGACCUGUCAUCGAUCAUUCCCUGCAGAGCCAGAGCCACUCUUCCUCUCUAUCCAUCUCUUCCUGAGGAAUCACUCCCCCUAUCUACCUCUCUAGGUAGACCCUCGAUUCUCUCGAGGAAAACAGCCAUCAUGCCGUCCAAAUUCCUCACCUACAUCAGCGGCACGGAGAGCGUCCCGGGCGAACGCAAACUCCUCCGCAAGCUCGACGCCUUCAUCCUCUCCUUCUGCUGCCUGUGCUACUUUGCCAACUACCUCGACCGCACGAACCUCAACAAUGCCUACGUCUCGGGGAUGCGUGAGGAGCUCAAUUUCCAGGGAAACCAACUGAACCAGAUCAACACUGUUUUCACGGUCGGGUACAUCGUCGGCCAAGUUCCCAGUAAUCUAGCAUUGACGUUUGUUCCGCCGCGAUUAUUUUUUCCAGCCGUUAUGAUCAUCUGGGGCGGGUUGACGAUGAUUACCGCAGCCGUCUCGAAUCCGCAGGGGAUUAUGGCGAUUCGGUUCUUUUUGGGGCUUGCCGAGUCGAGUACGUUCGUCGGCACGCAUUAUAUUCUUGGUUCGUGGUAUACGGAGAAGGAGCUCGGCAAGCGCAGUGGCAUUUUCACGGCGAGUGGGCUGGCAGGCACCAUGUUUGGGGGUUUUAUCCAGACGGGCAUUCAUAGCUCGAUGGAUGGCGUGCAUGGCCUUUCAGGGUGGAGGUGGUUGUUCAUCGUGCGUCCCUUCCUUGCUCCUCUCUCUCCAUCUUCAAAUGUUCUAAUACAGACGCAGAUUGAUGGAUUGAUCACAAUCCCCAUCGCAAUCUACGGCUUCAUCGUCUUCCCCGAUACACCAACAACAACAAAAGCCCGGUACCUAACGGCAGAAGAAAAAGCCCUCGCCGUCGCGCGAAUCCCCGAAUCCGGCGCUGUCAAAGUGCCCCUCAAUCGCGCGUUCCUGAAAAGCGUUUUCUGCAGCUGGCACUGGUACGCCUUUGUGAUGCUGUGGAUCAUCGCAGGCGAGACCGAGUCGUUUUCAACGAAUUCGCUCCUGGCUUUGUAUAUGAAAAGUCACCCGACGAAUACAUACAGUGUGUCGCAGCUAAACAAUUACCCCACAGGCGUCCCCGCCAUCGGAAUCGUCUCAACGCUCUUCUGGGCGACGCUGACGGACUUCAUGGGUGGGAAGCGCUAUCUCGUCGGGUACUUCAUUGCGAUAACGGGGAUCAUCACCUCAGCACUCAUCCUCACCAACUUCGAAAAUACAUCCGUCGUCUUUGGCGCGUAUUACUGGGCGGGCGCCGUGUAUGCAUGCCAGGCGACCUUCUUCGCAUGGUGCAAUGAUGCGAUGCGGUACAAGGACGAGCGCCUGCGCUCUGUCGUCAUCGCGAGCAUGAAUAUGGGGAGUAAUGCGGUGAAUGCGUGGUGGAGUAUCCUGUUCUAUUCGGCGAAUUUUGCGCCGCGGUUUACGAGGGGCAUGUGGGCGAUGAUCGGCUGUUCGAUUGCGUUGGCGGGGUGGACGGUCGGGAUCACGUAUAUGACUGUGCGCGAGGAGAGGCGGGGGGAGGGGAAUGGGGAGAGGGAUGUGAGAGUGGUGGAUUUGCAUUUACAAGGGAAGGAGGUUGCGGAGGGGGCGUGAGUAGAUAUACAUGGAUAAAUUUACGCAUACGAAGCAUGGCUCAAGAGCAAGAAA